AUGGACCCUCCCCCUAUUAAGAUAGGGCCUGGCAGACCCAGGAAAAACAGGAUCAAAGACCCAUCUGAAAAUCCAUCUAAGCCAGGUCACCUCACUAGAACAGGGAUGGAGAUGACAUGCAGUAAUUGUCAUCAGAAGGGCCACAACAAAAGGAAGUGUGCUCAACCAACUUCCACUGCCACUCAGCCUCCCAACAAGAAGCAAGCAACUGCAGCUGCACCUCAACAACAACAAACACCUGCUGCUACUGCUCAAUCACAUCAUGAGGCUACAACACAGCCAAGCCAACUUAGGAGGGGUGGGAGAAUGAUUAGAGGAGGGAGGGGUUCUAGAGGAGGGAGGAAUGGUUCAGCUUCUGGUGGAGAUAGCAGCAGUGCAUCUACAACAGGACUAGGAAGGGGAUCAAGAGGAGGCAGAGGCUCAAGGGGAGGCAAGGGCUCAAGGGGUGGCAGGGGCCCAAGAGGUGGAAGGCUACCACUUGGUGUGGGAGUCAUGUUUGGUGCACAUGGUUCUGUACAUAACCAGGGUCCUUCUCAAUAUGAUGUACACCAGGGUCCUUCACAAGUCAGCUAG